GAAUUUAGUCGCGUAAUUAUAAAACGUGUCGGCCACAUGGGUUCUUUCGAUGCAUAUGGUCCGAAUUCGCAAGCCUUAACGUUCUUCGACCCUGAAGAGAAUGAUUUAAUUGGAGGAGAUACACAGGGACCUGAUUAUGACUGCUCUGAUUUCACUCUGCCUUCACAGUCUCAAACACAGGCAUCUCAACUUGACCCUGAUAAAAAUUGCUUCUCUCAGCAGCAUGAUGGGUCCAAUACCAUUGACGUGCUGUCCCAACGUGUUGCUGACUUAGACUUCAAAGAUGAGGACAUAGAUGACUCUAGUGUCGACUUACCAGAGCACGCAUGUGCUUACUGCGGUAUUCAUGACCCUGCUUGUGUAGUAUUUUGUAACACCACGAAGAAGUGGUUUUGCAAUGGUCGAGGCAACACCUCAGGGAGUCAUAUCAUCAAUCAUCUUGUUAGAGCUCGUGCGAAAGAAGUUACUUUGCACAAAGACGGACCUUUAAAAGAUACUCUCUUGGAAUGCUAUGUAUGUGGGUCAAAAAAUGUUUUUCUGCUUGGUUUUGUGCCGGCGAAGUCAGAGUCUGUCGUCGUGCUUCUGUGCCGUAACAUCUGUGCUAAUGCCAACAAAGACAUGUACUGGGAUCCUGCUCAGUGGCAACCGAUAAUUCAAGGACGUCAGUUUCUUGCUUGGCUUGUGAAAGUUCCAAGUGAUGAACAGCAAGCAAAAGCUCGUCAGAUAUCGGCUCAACAAAUAAACCGACUGGAAGAAAUAUGGAAAGAAAAUCCUCAGGCGGCAGUCGAGGAUCUAGAGAAACCCGGUGCAGAUAACGAAGUCAACCCAGUAUUGUUAAGAUAUGAAAAUUCACAGCAGUAUCGAGAUGUAUUCAUACCUUUAGUGGAAUUAGAGGCUGACUACGACAAAAAGAUAAAAGAAUCGCUGAAGUUGGAGAAUGUUUCCGUUCGUUGGGAGACUGCCCUUAACAAACGCCGAGUGGCUUACUUCCGGAUUCCAGGUGCUAACGAAGGCCCAGAACUACGUAUUAUGCAUGGGGAUGAGUUGAUCAUUCGUCAAUUUAACAGUCCAAACGAUUAUUUGGUUGGUGACGGUCAUGUUAUCAAAGUGCCUGACAAUUUCAGUGAUGAAGUUGGUUUGGAAAUGAAGCAAGUCAUUGAUACACCUCUAGAACCUGUGACGUACAAAAUCGAAUUUAAAUGGAAGUCAACUCCAUUCGAUAGAAUGAGACGAGCGAUUUCUGUCGUUACCGACGAACAACACGGUUUAUUACCACCAUAUAUAUUCUACCGAUUGCUUGGCCAAGAAUUAGAUGAUAUGGUGUUAAAGUGCAACUUACCUAAACGCUAUUCUGCACCAGACUUACCGGAGCUAAAUCACAGUCAAGUGUUUGCCGUCAAAACAGUUCUCCAACGUCCACUUAGUCUAAUACAGGGUCCACCCGGAACGGGUAAAACUGUGACGUCUGCAUCAAUAGUUUAUCACUUGAACCAAAUACAUCAAAAAAAGGUAUUGGUUGUAGCUCCUAGCAACACUGCAGUCGACCAGUUGUGCGAAAAGAUUGACCGUACCGGAUUAAAAGUUGUGCGCCUAUGUGCAAGAUCUAGAGAAGCUCUAGCAUCUCCUGUCAGCCGUCUUAUGCUACACAUACAGGCCCAAAAUGUGAAAGGUCAUACUGAACUCCGAAAGUUACAACAAUUGAAAGAUGAGACUGGUGAACUGAGUCAGGAUGAUGAUAAACGUUAUCGAGUUCUAAAACGGGAACUUGAACGGGAACUCCUUAUGGCAGCUGAUGUGGUUUGCUGUACAUGUGUAACUGCUGGUGAUGCACGUCUGGAGCGCUUAAGUUUUCAUUCCGUUUUAAUUGAUGAGUCUACCCAGGCUACUGAACCAGAGUGUCUAAUACCAUUAAUGGUAGGUUGUCGCCAGGUUGUUCUAGUUGGUGAUCAUUGUCAAUUGGGACCUGUAAUUACGUGUAAAAAAGCUGCUAGCGCCGGAUUAACUCAGAGUUUGUUUGAGCGAUUUGUUCUGCUGGGUAUUCGACCUAUACGUCUACAGGUCCAGUAUCGUAUGCACCCCGCUCUUUCGGCCUUCCCAAGUAAUGUUUUUUAUGAAGGUAGUUUGCAAAAUGGAGUGACAGCAGAGGAUCGUUGCAAAAAGAUCGAUUUUCCAUGGCCAAAUCCAGACAGGCCUAUGUUUUUCUACUGCACAUCUGGACAGGAAGAAAUAUCCGGUAAUGGUGUAUCAUACCUAAAUCGAACAGAGGCAGCAACAGUUGAAAAAAUCGUCACAAAGAUGCUGAAAAUAGGUGUUCAUCCGAAUACUAUCGGAGUAAUCACACCUUAUGAGGGACAACGUGCAUACUUAGCACAUUAUCUUCAUUAUUCUGGUUCCUUAAAUGCCAAAUUGUACCAAGAAAUCGAAAUCGCUAGCGUGGAUGCCUUCCAGGGGCGAGAAAAGGAUUAUAUCAUCUUGUCCUGUGUCCGAGCAAAUGAAAAUCAAGGUAUUGGUUUUCUCAAUGAUCCACGCCGUUUGAAUGUUGCUCUCACUCGUGCUCGUUACGGAUUAAUAGUAGUUGGAAAUCCAAAGGCUUUGUGCAAGCAACCACUUUGGAACCAGCUGCUACACUUUUAUCGUGAUCAGCAUUUACUCGUGGAGGGACCCUUAAACAAUCUAGGUGAAUACAUGUUACAGUUUCCUAGACCCAAAGUUCCGUACACUUUCAAACCUGGUGGGCAUUAUCUAGCGCAGCUAUCCGCAAAUCCCGCAUUAUUAAAUAGCAGUCAGUUAAAUGGGCAAUUGAAUACACACCCCGGAAAUCAAUUUAAUUAUCUUUCUCAUGUUUCAAAUCCGUCUCAACCAUGUUUUGAUAAUCCUAAUGGACCAACAGCCUUAGUAGCAGCUAUGGCGGCAGCGGCUGCUGCGGCUUACUUUGGAGGAUCUGGUUCAAAUACGCGCCCGAAUGUCUCAACCUUAGGAUUACAUGGGUCGUCAGCACUCAACCAACCUGGAGCAAGCCAUGCUGCAGCUUAUGCUGUUGCGGCUGCUGCAGCUGCUCAACAUCAAUCAAGUCAACCGUAUUCUAGUCAAACAAAUGGUAGUUCUCAUAGUAUGCAUCAACUAUUAAACCAGUCAUUAUUCGACCAGGUUGGGUAUAUAGGACCAAAUCGACAAUAUGCAGAAGCCAACGCUAGUUCAAGUAAGUAAUUCAUUGAGUAAUAUAUAUACAUCACCUCAGUUUCCUGUCGAUCGCAAAUAGAAGUUCUAGUAAAAUAUUUUUCGACGAUUUUUACUGAUAUGAAGGCAACCAGUAAAGUGCAAAGUUUUCUGUGGAGUCCUCUGUAUUCAUAACUGUUUCAUGUGAUUUUCUGAAGUUUAUUGUGAGGAUUCUAGUGGUGGUGAUGGUACUCAAGACGCAUUUCAACAAGCUUGAUAUGGCCAUCGAGACCUGUUCUUCAUAUUCCCGACCGAAGCUGCUACCUUGACGGGGUGGUCGGGCUUGCCUAUCUUGAUGACCCAACCGAGCUAUAUUGGCUGGAACAUAUGUUCCUGUAGGUUCUACCAUGCCAGGCAGGUCGAUUGGUGAACGGUAAGACUAAAAGCAGCAACUCAAGGUCUGAGGGCGAAGUCGUACUGCCGACUGUAGAGAGGUGUGACAGCAGUAAGGUGUUUCCCUCGGACAACCAGCAUGACAGUGAUGCUGCCUUCCCACAAGGAGGGGUGGGGUUAGAAAAGGUCGACCCUAAAAAUGUCACACCUCACCUUACCUCACGGAUUUCCGUCUCCGGCGGUAAGGCCCUUUGAAGAACAGAGCUAACACGUCAAAAACCUUCCACAAAAGGGCCGUGCGCGACCGGCCUCAAGCAGUUGUCCCUUGGGCUCUGCGGUCACGCUCCCAGGUCGUCAAGACCAACACUAAUCCAAUUUCCUUUUCAGGUUCCUCAAGAAAUAUCCUUCCACAAUGUGGGCAGCCGAGAAGUGACAUCAGCCCUCAUACCCGUAACAGCACACGAGACCAAGUUGGUCACAUUCAAAUCCUUCCCACACCUAAUACCUCUCUUAUCUCCAUGACUAACCCUCCUCACGUCUCUUUAUCACCUCGCACCGCCAGGGCAAACGAUUCGAGUACGUGGAACGCUAUUCCUGGUCUUCUGAAACCACGCUCUAAACUGCACGUAGGAGUCUGUUUAUACUCUUUCUACCACUACGGGAUUUGGAUCGACAACUGCAUCUCUGUGCUAAGGUGGUGUGGCAACUCGAACUGAUGUACGUACGUACAAAGUUCUAUGUUGUUACUGGCUGACUGACUGUUCUUCAUAUAGGUUUACACUUAACAAUCUUUAGAUAUUAAAUAUAUGUAGGCUGUUUUAUAAUUUUUAUUAGUAAAACACUAAUCCAAUAGUCAUCUGACUGUUAUAAUUUUUCUUCAUAUCCUUUGAAAUUCACUUGAUAUUUCACAUUAUUUUUUGAUGAUUACCUAGCUUAUAUUUCCAUUUUUUCCAAGAAAUAUAUGCUCUCUCAACGACAGCGUGAUGUAAACUCGUAUAUACGAGGUCAUGCAUAAUUAAGGGCAUGUUUAUCGUUCAUAUACUCGUUGAAUUGUUGGCACUACACAGAAGAGGUUAAAAUUUGAAAAUUUUAGUUGCAAGUGUUAAAGCCAAAAAAACUCGUCCUUUGUAAGGAUGACAUCAAAGUGUUCUUAUAAGAUAGUUCCUAACAAAGUUUGUCACUACCACAUUCUACUGUUGACUUCUUUUAUCACUCGUUUUAUCUAGAUCUUCCUAUGCCACUCAGCAUGUUGAUGCCUGCUGGUCGAAUAUCGAAUCCUACCAACGCAGCAAAUCCGUUUGCCUCUUCUGGUCAUUUUGGCAAUGGAAAGUAUGGCACCAACCUUGGGGCAGCUGCGCCACUUGGUAGAUCAAUACAAGCUUUGGGUCCACUAAACGUGCAUCCCAACUACUCACAACUAAAUACGGGAAGUACGAGAGCACCCGGCGGUCCUCUUCCUGGAAAUAACGUGGUUGGUUCUGCAGCUCCUCGGUAUCUUGGAAAUGCACGUCGAAAUGUACAAGCUAGUUCACAAAAUGCUUCGGUUGGCGCUUCAAAGUCACGUCAAAUUGAUGGGCCCAGUAGUCUUACCAACAUUUCUGUGGAACGCGGUAAUACUAAUACUUCCAACUCAGGUGCUGGUCUACUUUCUCAGCCUGGUUUGUCAGAAUUUUCUGGAACUCAAGGCACAUCUGGUCUUAGUAACAUGGGUGUAUUCAGUAGUCAGUCGCGUAAUUCGGGACUUUCCGGUUUAUCUCAGGUAGUUUAAUCUUUGAUACUCACAUUAGGUUUUACCGAUAUACAUGGUUUUUAGUCAUAAGGAUAUUAGUUUCGUAGAUCUUUGUGAAUAGUUAUGUAUUUCUGCUAACUUUUAUUUCCUGUUCUUUUAAAGGACAAGUUAGUAGGUUAUUUCCUUAACCCCAAUGCAAACCUUCGUAAUUCUUUGUUGAGAAAAUAUCAUAGGUAUCCGGAUUUGCUAACGCUUUUGCGCAGUGCAUUUGCGCCUUUAAUGUUUUGUAUCGGUUCACUAUCAAUCCAUGUCCGUUUCUCGGUUUCCUUAGGGGUAUUCAUUGUCCAUAUGCAGAUAAAAUUUUUAAUAUUCAUUUAUUGAUGCUAGUUUAUUACAAAUUCACUUAAUACACUGACUAAUCACCGACAUAAAAGCCUUAAAACAAUUAUAUAAGUUAUUUCAUUGGUGCUUUCUAUUUAAAGUCGAAUAUCAAAACUCUAAUUUAUGUUUCUAGGAGAGCACUUCGUUGGACUUUCGUCUUGGUCAGGGUGCCAGUCAAAUGGACAACUUGCUUCUUUCUCAAGAUUCUACAUUUCAAGGUGCAACUGUACCUGCGAGCAAAGUAAAUCCACAAAGGGGAUCAAAUUUGUUCGCUACCGGAAGCGAGGAUCAUACCAACAUAAAUUUCGAUUCUGGACUGGUUAAUGGGACCGAUUUAGAAAAUAUUGGUGUCUCUCAAAACGCAGUCAGCUGUGCGAGCAGUGGUGCACCGCUCUCGCAGUUUUAGGGAUCUCAUCCGGCUUAACUUUGGGCCGCGUAUCAAUGAUCAUCAACGAACAUAUAGUUUCUCAAGGGUGUCUGUCUACAGGCAUCUGCAGCGACGACGGAAUAAAUCGAUUAUUCGGAGUGCAUCACUUGGAAGUACAAAAAAUUUAAAAACCAACAUGCACUCCGAAGGUUGCACUACUUGUUUUUAACCUCCUGACUAUACUAAUUCGUAUUAAUAUUUGGUUACAAGGUGUUUACUUUCGUUAUAAACUCCUCAAUAUACAAAGUUUUUAUUCUAC